UGAGCCGCCGCCGACCCCGACCACCGGUCCUCCCCUCCCUUCCCCUCUCCUCUCUCUCCCGAGUCCCGACCACCGCGCCCGCCGGAUCUCCCUUCCUCCCCCGGCGACGAACCCCCCGCAGGCCGCAAUUGGACCAGCUCGCGUCGCGAGGUCGCCCCAUCUCUCCCCGGGCAGCUCCCUCGCCGCCGUGCCUCCCGUCCCUCGCGGGUGAUCCCCCCUCCGGCGGCUCGCGGUUCCGGAUGGGGCUCUCGGCGGCCGCCGCGGGCGACGGCACGCAGCUCUGCGUCUUCGACCUCCGGAGGGGGCAGCAGGAGGGCCAGGAGCUCGACAAGAUCCUCUUCUUCCACCCCGCCGACUGCCCCAUCCUGCUCCAGCUCUCCGUCAUCGGGCUCUGCGAGGGAAUCGUCACUUUCACAAGAAUAUUUUCUCCUGAAGAGGAUUGUGAAGUUAUAGAAUCUGAGAAGCGCUCCCAUGUUUUUUAUCAAGCGGAACCUGAUAUUUGGAUGGUUCUGGUUGUGGAAAAAACCAAGGACAAUGAAUCGAACUGGCGUUGUGGUGCACUGCAAGGGAUACUUAAAGAGGCCCAUUCGCUUUUCACAAUGUUCCAUGGACCAAUCCGAACUUUACUUGACAGACAACCCAGUGCAGAACUUGCCCGUGGUCACCUCCGCACAUUUCUCACAGAUUAUUUGAGUGAUUUUCAUGUUGGUAAAAAGAUACAGUUCCCAACCUACCGUGACAGCCUAAAGGAGAGGGGAACAAUCCAAAUGCUCACAGUACCAAGAGAAGUAGCACUUGAAGUUCAGUCACUCACCACAGUUCUUGGAUCAUGUCUUGGAAAUGUCACCUGCCAAUCACUCAUAUUGUUUGAAGACCUAUUGGUGUCUACAACACUGCCUCCGGAUGAUACUUUAAACCUGUAUACUUAUGCUGUCUUGAGGUUAACUCCCCGUGCCUUAUCUUCCAAUGCAAGCUCUUGGUCCUAUUUGCGGAAAGGAACUUCUGUUAGUGCAGGCCCUACUUCAAGUUCAUCAAAUGGAACAACUGCAGGAGAAAGGUACCAUAGUCGAUCUCGUGAUACUUCUCCCGAUGGACAAAAUCAGAUGCAUCAUAAUUUCAGGCCUCUCCUGCGUGAGAAAUUGUCAAAGGGAAAGGAUGGUUUUGUUGCUGCUGAUUUCGCAGCUACAGAAGUUCGUGGUGCUGUACCCUUGACUCCAAUAAUCUGGUUCCAGCAGGCAGAGGAGCGCAUGUACCUAUGCAUUUAUCAGCACAAGAGUCUCACUAUCCUUUUGCUAAUUCCUGCUUCCUCACUAAUAAAUGGAGAAGAGGGCAUCGCUCAUGUGAAGAAGCAGAUGCUUGAAAAUGCAUCACAGAAGAUUGUCACUGUUGAACAGAAACUGACACGCGGAUGGGGAGGAGAAAAUGCUUAUCAUGUUAGUGGAUAUCGUUACUUGCUGGUUGAUCCGGACAGAAGGGUAUCAAGAGCCUCCCCGCCUGGGAAAGUCACCACCCUGGCAAAGGAUUCGCUACUUGCCCUCAAUAGGCUAAGACAAGAAGUAGAUUUAGAGAAGUCAAGAUACAGGAGAAGUGACCCCAGUCAUGAUAAGGAUUUUGAAGUAUGCAUCAGAACAAAAAACAAUGCAUGGGUGAUUGCUAAAAUUACUCGAGGAAGGGAGCUUUACAUGGCUUUAGAGAAGGGUGGUGAAACACUUCUUUAUGCAUCCACAGCUGUAGAGAAGUUUAGCAACAGGUACUGCGAGGGAGCGUUCUCUACGGACUGAAGCACCAGCAUGAGAUGCCCUCUUUUCACACACACACACUAGCUCCUUUAUGCAACUCUCAGUUGUCACCUGGAUCGGUGGUUUCGUUGUAGUGAACUCAGAUCUUUAUUUGCAAGGGGAAUAAGGGAUUCAUGUCCUAUUAGUUGUACAGCUGCUCUGUUAUCAUGUGCUGUGUGCCCCCAAAAAUAUAGCUUAGUCUGGGAAUAAUGCAGAGCAGGGUGGAGCCUGUUGUUCUCUUACGGCCUCAUGUCCUUACGGUCGCGUUGUGGGCGUUUUUUUUUUUGUAAACAUUGGCGAUGGACCUGGUGAGUGAAAGAGCUUAGCAUAGGAUUUGAUCUGGUGAUUAAAUAUUUUGGUGCUGUUUCAUGCUUUGAGUUCUAUCUCCGGGGACAGAGGCUGCUGAAAACGACAAGUGGAAAGAGUUACUCGUACAGUCAUUUGAGUAGUUAUUAUUACAAAAGUUAAACCCACACGGUUGGAAGUCAAUGAAUCGAAUGUUUUACAUGCACAUUA